CCCGCAUUCCUGCCAACCUCCGUGUAAAUACAACUGGAGAAAAAAGGGCUGCAAGGACGGAAAAGACUGUAACCGCUGCCAUUUGUGCUCGUGGAAAGACUCCUACGGAAGAUUUCGAGACAAGCAACGGCCUCGGUCAGCAAGCCACAACUAUCGGGGGAUGCUGGUAGAGCACCAGACUCCUGAUACAACUAGUGAAGAUACUCCAGAUGAAGACGCCGCUCCUCUUUCCGGUUCCGCAGCUGCAGCUUCGUCCUCUGGUGCAGCGGCGAGUGGUUCCGGCUCCGCCUCAACCGAACAAGCUUCGUCCUCUACUCCCGGGACCACGAGUGGUUGCGGCUCAGCGGAACAUGAUCCGUUCCCUCCUCCGCCGAUGACUAGCCCGAGAUUGCCGGCGGACCAUGAUGUGUAUUCUUCUUCCGACUCUCCUCCUCCACCUCCGGCUCCACCAUGGUCGCCGGCUGUGUGUGUAUCUCAUCGAGUAGAAGCCCGCCCCGGCUGUUCAUCCUGUAACUUGUGCAGAAUAAUUCGUGACGCGGAUAAUGUGGACGGCAAGAAACACAUUAUCUACCAAUAAGAAGUGGUGAGUACUACUUCAAACCGAAUAAUGAGGUGGCACGAGGACCAAAAAGAGCAAGAAAUAUAGCAGAGAGACAAAGGAUGAUCGGAAUUUUCUCGAACAGGGCAGAAUUUCGAUUGCGUGGCCCGUGCGGUUAUUCGAAGGCGACUGCUACGGAACAGUGUCGAGUGAGAACGUUGGGAAAGAGAAAGCUAACAUACUGAAGAGAAGAUGCUAGAAGAUUUGUUAUUCUGACAAAGAAGUACUAGAGCCCUUUUCUUUGUCUCAACGUCGUACCAGUUUAGUGGUCCACAUGCACGACCUGGAACAGUGCAAGCACACCGAAUCGGUGCAGCUCCAAGAGACAUUUCGUUUUGCAUUUGCCUCCUACGCAGCUACCGGUUCCGGCUGCUUGAGAAGUGCAAGUGUAUGAACAGCAUAUAAAAGCAAUGCCGUAUUCCUGACAAAAUAAGUUACUUUUUUCCUUGAGACUUUUUUUUACCCAAAGCCCUCCCCCCUUCUUAUUUUGCCUGGAGGUUUCUGAUUGCAGCAACCAAGAAGGCUAGUUGAUACAUAGUACAUAGAGGAGUCAGACCAAGACUAGAGGUACGGCUGACAUCAACACGGUUGUCUGUCACUGUGCUUCGAAAGACAAAGAUGUUACUUGACUCGCAUCUUCAAUACAACUGUAUAGAGAUCAUGCGCCGUGGUCAACACCGCGGCUCUAGAUCUUGCGAUUAAUACCGGACCUAGAUCUUACGAUAGAAAUGAUACAAGACCGCGGCCCUAGACCACUAGAGGACGGCGCUCUUCCUUACGCCUACUACCCACACGGAGGACCGACCACUGCCUCAAUACUGCUCAUUGGUGUGUGGUGCUUGCACUGCCUAUAAAUAAUACCAACACCGUGUGAUGAUUUUGGUUCUUUAAAUGCUUUUCAACAUUUUCGAAGAUAGCAAUACUACACAGAAGAUUUACGUAAAAAUAUACAUGUCGUAGCUGUCGCCUUUUCACCGCGCUACUAACUAGCUUGCUUUACGUGCAAAAUUUUCAAAGUCCAAAAACCUCCUUCCCUGGUUCUUCUUUCAGGCCUCAUGAAGAACUUGAUCUACCAUAAAACAGCAGAAAGCAGGAAUGCCAUCGGAUUGUAUUGGUUGCGAUUUCGCAAAAGAACGUGGUGAACGCAAACGCUCCUAACAAGUGGCACCAUUUUUUCCAUUUGUACGUUUAUUUCUCGACGGUUGAUGUAAAUUUGGAUCCGGCGAUGAAGAAGAUCAGCUCUGACACAUUCUUGGUCGCUAUAAUUCGCGCCCCCGGCAACGUGAUUUUUGGUUUGAACGAGAGUUGCCCUGUAGUGACAUUUACUUACUUAUACUUCGUAUGAUGUAUUGAUUUUUUUAUAGUUGAUCAUGAAGAGUUAGAAUCUCGUGUUUCAAUGUCGUCUCUAUUAUCCGCGGUAGUUCAUCUCCGUAAAAAGUAGAGCACAGACGAGCACCGUGUGGAUAGUGUUGACGUGUGCGCUCGGACGAUUGUGUUCAGCAUAGCCGUCAGAACGACACAUGAUAAUCACCAAAUCUAAAGAACGCGAGUAGCAGGACUUCUACAUACUUUACUAUACAACUGCGAAGAAGAACCCGCUCAGCCUUAUUUGUAUCAUAAUAUACUGACGAAUGCUUCGUCCUCGAGAAACUGCUCGUAAGUGCGGUGCAGAGCCGUGUUGAAAUAGAUGACGUUGAUCAUUCUUUUCCUUGCGCUUGCGCAAAGAUAAAAGAAAAGUAACUCUUUUUCCACUGUAUAAUUUUCCGUUAGCCUGUCAAUGUCAAAAUUUAUGCUGAUGGAAUGGCCCAGCCUCGCACGUUCAACACCUUGCUCGACGUUGUUGACGCCGAGUAAGGCUCCAAAAGUUUUCCUUUUUCUUAACCGCAAAUCGCUAUUAUGAAUAGGGCCACCAAUGUAUGAUAGUCAUCUACUUGUCUUACGCCGGAAGAAACGCGGCCUUAUUUUUACACGUAGGGUUUGUGAGCAUGAAGAUUCAGAGGUAUCUGCAGGUGGAGUGAUACGAAGACGAUAAAGCGUGGGCAGCACCAAAGGCAUGAAUAUCAAAAAGUAAAAGUACAAGUGGACAUAAAGACAAUAUCAAUAUCUAAGAAACUCAUCCAAAAAUAACUAUUUUCGUUAGAACAGUUGUAGUCCUGCGUUUGUUGUCAAUACUUGUAUACACAAAAACAAAUCCAAAAACCAUGACGCAACUCGCACACGACCGUUGUUGCGCCACGAACCUACACAAAGAAAAGUCGACAUCUUUUAUGUUGAGAUAAAGUCAACCGCAAUAGCGCGCUGUUUACUUCGAGUCUCGUCCAGUCCGGUGCUUAAGACAUGAUGAUUGUUAUUUCG